AUGACACCACACCGACGAGACGAGAACGUCUCUCCUAUGGACCUCACUCCUCGAACGGCAUCCCCGUCAAGCUCAAAAUUUCAAUUCGCACCCGCUCCCACAUCCCAAGCAAACCCCGACACUCUCGUGCCUCCUAUAAAUGUCAAAGUCUCAGGUUCGCCGGACGCCCUCGAUUCUACUACAGAAACAAACCGAACACUAAAUAUCUUGAAACCUGGGCACGAUUCGGCACCUUCGUCGGCUAUACCCAAGUCCACUCCAGCUUCAACCAAGUCUCUCAAAGACUAUGGCAUAAACAAUCGAGAUUUUGGCUUUGCCACGGAUCCUGAUGGACAAGAUCAUGGCCAGGCACUUCCCAGACCAAGCAUACAGCUGACCGGCGCUGAUGGUCUCGACACCCCCCCUACAUUUACCAGAGGUAAUUCAUGGGAAGAACCAGAGACUCCAGGAAAAUCUCGCGGGGCUUCUUUGAUGUCCAAACUCAAGGCACUUACCAACAACAGUGGCUUACCAGCCCCAAAACCACCCACCGUUGCCGGACCCUCCAGCCAAGGUGUUCAGUCGAAUCUCAAUUCUCCAACACGACCGAACCGUGGCAUUCCAGGGACUUUGACGGAGGAAGACACGGAUGCUGACGCUGACGCAGAGGAGACUGCUGAUGAAGGCAACCUAGAAGACGGGAAGCAGAAAAAGAAGAAGCAGAAGAGGAUGAUGCGUCGCACGAAGAAAACAAACGCUUCGACCCCAGGAACCCCAAGGCGAUUUGCAGCCGAUACAGAUGUACUGGAUACUUUUGACCAGUUGGUAAAGCGACGGGCAAGCAUGCCUGAUGCAGCCCACGAAUAUGGUGUAUCAGAAGGCGAAGGUCGAGAUCGCUUGGGAAUGUCCUUCCGCCGAGGAAACUCCUGGAUGACAUCCGCCAUGCGGCCUCCUGGCGAGGAGGCUGAUGAGGUCGAAAGCCCUGGAGCUGUUGGACGACGAGCAGGUCAUGUUCGUCGAAUCACUGUGUUCGGUGGCGGUGGUGUUUCUGACGGUGAUGCCAUGACUCCCCGACGUCCCUUUUUCACAUCCGAGCGAGCGUCCACCUUUGGCGCUCAGAAAUGGAAGCAGGUCAAAAACACACUCAAAUUACUGAGGCAGAAGAAGGAAGACCGUUUCGACUACUACAAGUCAGCCGAAUUAAUGGCCGAGCUACGUGCCGGUGCUCCUGCGGUGCUCAUGCUUGCCAGCAUGAUUCAAAGGGACGAACAUGGAAACAAGAGAAUCCCGGUUCUGCUCGAACAGCUCAAGCUUCGUAUUAAGGACAGCUCCCCCAUGGAGGAUGAUGAUAGAGAUCGCCAUUGGCUAUUCACCAUUGAACUUGAAUACGGAAGUGGACCUAGCAGAAUGAGCUGGACCAUUAGCCGAACACUAAGGGACAUCUACAAUCUGCAUUUGCGGUACAAGUUUGCUAUCAACAACGAAAAGUACAUGCCUGGACGUAUGGAUUUGGGUGGUCGGCCGAAACAGCCAAAGUUUCCCUACUCAGCCUUCCCUUACCUCCGUGGUGCCCGAAAGAAGGGCGAGGAGAGCGAUGACGAAGAUCAAGCCAGUAUUCGUGGAGAUGAGACUGCCGGUGAAGGCACUGCUGCCGAGGGUGCAGGAAAUGGUGUCUUUAGUGACCCCGAAACACUCAACGGCAUCCCGCGAAGAAAGUCCCGUAAUUUCUUAGGCAUGGGUCCACGACGCAGAUCGACAGGCAUAACCGAUCCCGGUGAAAUGUCCAAUACUGAGGGCCCAGGAAUGCCUGCUAUGGACAUGGCAACGAGGAGACAACGCUACGUCGAGAAACAGCGACGCAUCUUGGAGAAGUAUCUGUCUGAGAUGAUAAGAUGGCUCAUGUUCAGAGCUGAUAGUAACCGGCUUUGCCGCUUCCUCGAACUCUCUGCCCUCGGCGUUCGGCUUGCCGCUGAGGGUAGCUAUCAUGGAAAGGAGUGUUAUCUUCACAUUCAACCUUCAAAGGGUCUCGACUUCCGUCGUGCACUGACUCCAGCCAAGGUUGUCUCUCGACGCAGCCGAAAAUGGUUCCUCGUACGACAAAGCUACAUUGUGUGCGUAGAAUCCCCCGAGAACAUGAACAUUUUCGAUGUGUAUCUGGUCGACUCAAAGUUCAGCAUUUCUUCAAAGAGAAGCAAGGCUACGGCGAUUAGUUCCAAUGAGAAGAAGGCCGAAAUCGAUUUGACUGUGGAGGCACCCCCUGAUAAGCACCACACCAUGACUUUGCGUUCGUCUGAGCGCAAGAUCCGCCUCUUCUCUCGCAAUCAGUCUGUGAUGAAGCAGUUCGAGGAUUCGAUUAGUCAAAUGCUUAAGCAGACACCUUGGUACCAGGAAAAACGCUUUGACAGUUUUGCUCCAGUGCGAACCAAUGUGUUUGCUCAAUGGCUUGUCGACGGCCGCGACUACAUGUGGAAUGUCUCCCGAGCUAUCAACAUGGCUCGCGAUGUCAUCUACAUCCAUGAUUGGUGGCUAAGCCCUGAACUGUAUAUGCGAAGACCGGCAGCCAUUAGCCAAAAGUGGCGCCUGGACAGACUUUUGCAGAAGAAGGCCAGAGAAGGUGUCAAGGUCUUUGUUAUUGUCUACCGAAACGUCGAGGCCGCCAUUCCAAUCGAUUCAGAGUACACCAAGUUCUCCUUGUUGAACCUCCACCCCAACAUUUUCGUUCAAAGAUCUCCUAACCAGUUUAAGAAGAACCAAUUCUUCUUUGCUCAUCAUGAGAAGAUCUGCAUUGUAGAUCACGAUGUAGCCUUUGUAGGAGGCAUUGAUCUGUGCUUUGGACGUUGGGAUUGCCCUCAACAUCCCAUCGUUGAUGAUAAACCGACUGGCUUUGAGAUGUCUGAGACGCCCAAAGAUGCAGAGCACUGUCAGUUGUUCCCCGGUAAAGACUACUCGAACCCCCGUGUACAAGACUUCUUCAGGCUUAAUGAGCCCUAUGAAGAGAUGUACGAUCGAACCAAGGUGCCCCGAAUGCCUUGGCACGAUGUAGCCAUGCAAGUCGUUGGCCAGCCUGCAAGAGACUUGACGCGCCACUUUGUUCAGCGUUGGAACUAUUUGCGCCGAGGACGCAAGCCGACGCGACCGUUGCCUUUUCUGCUUCCCCCUCCCGACGCCAACAUAGACGAACUGAAAGAGCUCGGGCUUACUGGAACAUGCGAAGUUCAGAUCUUGCGAUCUGCCUCCACGUGGUCCCUAGGUAUUGAACAGACCGAACACAGCAUCCAGAACGCAUAUAUUAAGAUGAUUGAGGAGUCGGAUCACUUCGUCUACAUGGAGAACCAAUUCUUCAUCACAAGUACUGAAGCAUACAACACCCGAAUUGUAAACCGUAUUGGAGACGCUCUAGUUGAACGUAUCAUCCGGGCCCACGAGAAUGACGAAGACUGGCGCUGUGCAAUCGUUAUCCCUCUGAUGCCUGGCUUCCAGAACACAGUUGAUGAGCAAGAGGGUACAAGUGUUCGUCUGAUCCUCAUGUGCCAGUACGCCAGUAUCUGUAGAGGCGAGCAAUCUAUCUUUGGUCGGCUCAGAGCCGCUGAUAUUGAGCCAGAGGACUACAUCAGUUUCUACUCACUUCGCCAGUGGGGCAUUAUGAGUAAUGAUGUCCUUGCCACGGAGCAGCUCUACAUUCAUGCCAAGACGAUCAUUGUAGAUGAUCGAGUGGCUCUUAUUGGCUCUGCCAAUAUCAAUGAGCGAUCAAUGCUUGGCAGCCGCGAUUCUGAGUGUGCAGCCAUUGUUCGAGACACGGACAUGAUCAACUCGACCAUGGCUGGAAAACCUUACAAGGUUGGCCGUUUCGCCCAUACACUCCGUCUUCGACUGAUGCGAGAGCAUCUAGGUCUGGAUGUUGAUGAAAUCCUGGAAGAAGAACGCCAGGAAGAGCUCGACCGCCAAGAUUUUGAAAAAGAGAUGGAAGAGAUCUACGAAGAGGCGGAAAAUGGCCCCUCUGACCCCUCGAGACUAUCUGCCAAGCGCCCUGAACCCCCGCGCAUUCCCAGCAUCAACCACGACCUUGAUGCUGCCGUUGAAAUCGAAGAGAGCAGCAGCAGCAGCAGCAGUAGCAGCAGCAGCCACGGUAGCAACGCGAAAGUGGAAGGCACGGUCAUAAAUGGACCAGAGAGCAAAGUGAAGCACGAGUUGGAUGUGACUGGCUAUGGUCCCGAUCGUUGGAAGAGUGCUGAGAAGUCUGGCCUUGAUGCUGGCCGUGACUCUGUCAUCAUCAACGGCAGGGAGGUCCUCGUUAGUAACAUCAGCAACGAAGGCAAGGGCACGCUACAGUCACCUGCGGAGGCCCAACCACAUGCCCCCCAGCCUGAUAACAGAUAUCUCGAGCCUGGAAACCACAACGACGGCCUCCCACCCAUGCCUGCCUUGAACCGCCGUACCACAGAUCAACUUGGCCUCCCUCGCCCUGCACAGCUACCUUCUUUACCAAUUAGUGACGAUACUGAUAUUGGUGGCCCCCCCUUGCAUAUCGAUCCCGAGACAGGAAAGCCGGUCAAUGGCGUAUUCCACCCUAUGGCCGCAGAUAUUCAACUGGCACACAUCGACAAGAAUUGCAUGAUAGAUCCGGUGAACCCCAACUUCUUCGACGAGAUCUGGAAUCGUGCUGCCCAAAACAACACCAAGCUUUAUCGCCGGGUGUUCCGCUGCAUGCCUGAUUCAGAGGUCAGUACUUGGGCGGAGUACAAUGCGUAUACGGUAUAUGGGGAGAAGUUCCGCAAGAGCAUGGAACCUGGUCAAUCCAGAGGUGAAGACUCCGAGUUCCCUCCUUCUUCAAGGCACCGCAACUCCACAGCUGGCGGGGCAGGUAUCAGCGCACCAGGACCAGAGGUGAUGGCCAAGGCCGCCGAGACAGAGGCGGAGAAGGCGCUGGGCAAGAUGACCGAGAAAAUGCCCCUUGGCGAACACCAUGAAGAAGAUAGAAUUAAGAUCGUUAUUCCCGAUGAGGGCUACGUUGGUCUUGAUGAGAAUAAGACAAUGAGAGAUGGCGAAGCCCCCCCGUCACGACCCAACACUGGGUUAGAUACUGAGAGCGCUGUUGAUGCUCAGCAUCACGUUGAGGCGCCGUCUCCUGUAUAUUCACCUGGAGAUACCCCCUUCCCGGCCUUUGACGGAGGUAGCAAUGGAAGGUUCCUGGAGCCUCAAGCAGGUACCAAGGACCGAGAGAGGCGAACUACUUUCUCCACUCUUGAAAAGCCAUCUUCAAGGGAUACCAACGCUCCUCCACCCGGACAGUUCGGUUCAAUGAAGCGCAGGCGCCGCGCAACCACUAAGAACAGCCGACGCGGUUUCAGUAUAGACGACAUGCCAAACCGAGGGCAGGCCGAGGAGCUUCUCAACAUGGUACAGGGAAACAUCGUCCAAUUCCCAUACGACUGGCUCCUCACAGAGGAGCAGAAUGGAAAUUGGGGCUACCAAGUAGAUGGCGUUGCACCCCUGGCUAUCUAG